UUGCUGGCACGGUCCUGGGGUGGCACAGAGAAGUUAAGCAGCUUGCAAGAGUCUCACAGCUGUCGAGCGGAGGAGUGCAUUGAGCCUGAGUUGUGAACGCCCACCCUUUGGCUGCAGAACGCGUGCCAGUCUGCAGAAAACCAAGCCAUCCCGCCCUGGCACGCCUGGACUCUGCGUCCGGCAGCGGCGGUACGCACAGCUGAGGCGAGUCUGGCCUUGCGGCAGACGUCGCUUCUCUCCCGGGUGUAAAGCAAUAAAGGCACCGCGGGGGGCUAGUCGCGACCCCCGACCGGGGAAUCCUACAGCGAGGAGAAGGGACUCCAGGCGCACGCUCUGCCGCAGGGGGGCGCCCCUGGCCGGCCGCUGCUAGGCGAUCGGUCCCCGCCACAGGGCGCGUCGCCUGCAAGAAGAUGUCGCUGUCCGGCGGGGAGCGCCCUGCGGGGCCGGGGACCCGCCUGUCCUGGCUGCUGUGCUGCAGCGCCCUGCUGUCCCCGGCCGCCGGUUACGUGAUCGUGAGCUCCGUGUCCUGGGCUGUCACCAACGAGGUAGACGAGGAGCUGGACAGCGCGUCCACGGAGGAGGCACUGCCCGCGCUACUGGAGGACUCGGGCAGCAUCUGGCAGCAGAGCUUCCCGGCCUCGGCGCACAAGGAGGACACGCACCUGCGGCCUCGGGGCUCUGCCCGCGCCAGGCCCGCACCGACCCCGCGUGGAAUGUUCUCCUACCGGCGGGAGAGCGGCUCAUCCGCAGCAUCCCCCAGCCCCAGGGUGCGUGCAGGCACCGCCCGCUCCCUGGUCCACGCCAGCUCCUGGGGCUGUCUGGCCACUACAUCCACCCACGAAAAGAUCCAAGGGUUGCCCUUUGGGAGCUGCCUGGCCAUCAGCGAUGGCCCCCUCCACAACAGCACGGGGACUCCUUUCUUCUACAUGACAGCCAAGGACCCUGUGGUAGCUGACCUGGUGAAGAACCCCACAGCCUCGUUGAUGCUGCCAGAAUCGGAAGGAGAUUUUUGCAGGAAAAACAUCGUCGACCCAGAAGACCCCCGAUGUGCCCGGUUAACACUCACUGGCCGGAUGAUCAUGGUGCCACCAGGGGAGGUAGAAUUCGCCAAGCAAGCUAUGUUUUCAAGGCAUCCAGGGAUGAGGAAGUGGCCCCGCCAGUACGAAUGGUUCUUCAUGAAGAUGUGGGUAGAACACAUCUGGCUUAAGAAAUGGUACGGAGGUGUGUCGGACAUCCCAAGGGAGGAAUACUUCAAAGCAGCUCCCAGAAAGGCCUGACAGUAACGCCAAAGUCCUGGGCUUUGCAUUAAAGUGAAGACCUUUGGAAUGAAGGAGCCAGACAGUCCCUGUCUGACUGCUGUCUCUUUGUUGAAGGGUGCCUAGCCGCCCUGUCAUCCUGCAGCAGAAUGAGAAAGGAUGAACAGGGGACCUUGGGCUAGACUUGAGAUUCACUGGAGCGGUCCUUUGCCGAUCUGCCGUCCACACACAGGCACUUCACAUAGAAAGAUAAAUUGUUUGUGCUGUAUUCAAUCCAGACACACCCACUUGGAAAUCAUGGUUGUCAAAACAGAAGUGGUGGUUGCUGCUCUUUUCUUUAAAAAAAAAAAAAUGAUGGUGAUGUAUAUGUGCCAUGUUAUUGCCUUGUAUCAUGAGAACAUUGUGUUGCUUACUAUCCGAAAGCAGUGCUUCGGAUGGAAGCUCCUUGCAUUAAAAGAGCUGAACGUGC